AUGUUGCCUACCAAAGCAAACAAACCUAUGGGCGAUACGAGCAAAGGUAAGGCAACCGAUUCAUUUGCUAAUCGUUCAAGAGAUAUUAAGUGUUUUAAGUGCCUUGGAAGGGGCCAUAUUGCAAGUCAAUGUCCCAACCGCAACGUCAUGGUGGUUCGUGCAAAUGGAGAAAUCGAAUCAGAGGAGGAAGAACUUGAAGACGAGCCCGAAAUCGUUUCUGACAACGAUGAAGAAGUUGAACACGCUCUUGAUGGAGAACUCCUCAUUUUUAAAAGAAGUCUAAGUAUCCAAAGCAUCGACGAUGAACAACAACGAGAGAACAUCUUCCAUACUCGUUGUCAAGUACAAGGAAAGCUAUGUAGCGUCAUCACCGGUGGAGGAAGUUGUACGAACGUGGCGAGCACUCUCAUGGUGGAAAAAUUAAAUCUACCGACCACCAAGCAUCCAACCCCGUACAAACUUCAAUGGCUCAACGAUGGAGGAGAGUUAAAAGUGACAAAGCAAGUUCUAGUCUCCUUUUCCAUUGGGAAAUAUUCCGAUGAAGUGCUAUGCGAUGUUGUUCCAAUGCACGCGGGUCACUUGUUAUUGGGCCAUCCAUGGCAAUUCGAUCGUCGAGUCAUGCACGAUGGUUACUCAAAUCGAUAUUCUUUCAAACAUCUGAGAAGAAAUGAUUUCAAAGACGUUUUUCCGAAUGAAGUGCCAAGUGGCUUGCCACCACUUUGUGGGAUCGAGCACCAAAUUGGUUUUGUGCCUAGAGCCGUUAUUCUGAACCGACCAGCAUACCGAACCAAUCCUGAAGAGACCAAAGAGCUUCAACGUCAAGUUAACGAACUCAUGGAAAAGGGCUACAUUCAAGAAAGCCUUAGUCCAUGUGCCGUACCGGUUUUGUUGGUGCCUAAGAAGGACGGAACGGCGCGCAUGUGUCGAUUGUCGUACCGUUUUGUGGUUAGCUCGGAGGGCCUCGAAGUAGAUAGCGAAAAGAUUAAGACGAUUCAAGAAUGGCCGAGACUGAUGAGCAUAAGCCAAGUGCGAAGCUUCCAUGGCCUAGCAAGUUUCUAUAGGCGAUUUGUACCUAACUUUAGCACGUUGGCCGCACCGUUGACAAGCCCUAUCAAGAAGAAUUCGACUUUUCAUUGGGGCAAAGAACAAGAAAAUUCUUUUAAUCUUAUUAAAAAUUGUCUUACUAAAGCUCCAUUAUUAGCAUUGCCUGAUUUUUCUAAGACAUUUGAAAUUGAGUGUGAUGCCUCAGGUGUUGGAAUAGGUGCCGUGUUGACUCAGGAUGGGAGACCGAUCGCUUACUUUAGUGAAAAGUUGAAUGGUGCUGUGCUAAACUACCCCGUUUAUGACAAGGAGAUGUAUGCACUUAUCCGCGCUCUCAAGACUUGGCAACAUUAUUUGUGGCCAAAGGAGUUCGUGAUCCAUUCGGAUCAUGAAGCAUUAAAGCACAUUAAAGGACAACACAAAUUAAACAAACGUCAUGCUAAGUGGGUGGAGUAUUUGGAGUCAUUUCCCUAUGUCAUUAAAUAUAAAAAGGGUAAGGAAAAUAUCGUAGCUGACGCUCUUUCAAGAAGGUAUACCCUUUUGUCGUAUUUGGAUUCUAAACUGCUUGGUUUUGCAUUGUUAAAAGAUUUAUAUCCUGCUGAUGAUGAUUUUGGAGAAAUGUUUGUUGCUUGUGAAAGUGUUGCUAUUGAUAAGUUUUAUAGGAGUGACGGAUUUCUUUUUAGAGAAGGAAAAUUAUGUGUGCCGCGGAGUUCCGUACGAGACCUAUUAGUACAUGAGGUGCAUAGCGGAGGCCUUAUGGGCCAUUUCAAAUUGGAAAAACAUUAG